GCUGGUCAGCAUGGAGCAGGCCCCGAUGAAGCUGCAGAAGGAGGAGACGAACCCCGUGAGGAAGAGGGCGCGCUCCGCAGGCAGGGCCAGGAGCGCGCAGGCCUGGAGGAAGCACAGCACGGCGACCGCGCUGAGGUACCGGAGCAGGCUCUGCUGCGACCGCUGGUUCCAGCAGUGGCGGUAG